GUCUUGUAACGGAGUGCAGUUGGGACUUCUCAAAGCGGCAGCAGCAACAACAACAACACUGAGCCCUGCUCGCGAAUGGUUUGUGGCGCUUUUUUGAACAGAACUGACUAGGAAAGCCAGCUCAAUCGACCAAGUAUUUUCCAUACAGAUGAAAACAUAUCACAAAAUGAGAGUAGAUCGAAACCAAGCUGAUUUGGAAGUGUUUUAAAGAAGCCGCCAGCUGUGCAGGGGUAGAAAUCCACAUACUCGACUCUUUUUGUUUAAACCAGUCCCUUGUUUAUUUCUCGGAGCGCAGGAACAUGGAUGAAGAAAAUCACCCCGAAAAUGGAGUGGAGAGUGGAAAGGACACAGAUCGGCAGCUCCGUUUACGAGUUUGUGUGAUGAACGAGAUUUUAAAAACGGAGAGAGACUACGUGGGUUCCUUGAAAUUUCUGAAAUCUUCAUUCCUGCACAGAAAUCACCAGAAUGAUGGCGACAAAUCAGAAAAGCAAAUUACUGAAGAACAUCUCAAGAUUUUGUUUUCUAACAUUGAAGAGAUACUUGAUGUGCAUAAAUUGUUCUUGGCAGCCCUUGAGUACCAUUUACAACCAGAACCACAACCUCAACAUGAACUUGGAAAUAUCUUCCUUCAGUUUAAAGACCGAUUUUGUGUCUAUCAAGAAUAUUGUAGCAAUCACGAAAAAGCCUUGAGACUUUUAAUGGAAUUGAACAAAAUACCUGAAGUGCGGGCAAUGCUUUUGAACUGCAUGGUUCUGGGAGGAAUGAAGACCACAGAUAUACCACUGGAAGGCUAUUUGUUAACUCCAAUACAGAGAAUCUGCAAAUAUCCUUUAUUACUUAAAGAGUUGCUAAAACGAACCCCCAAAAAGCACAGUGAUAACUCUGCAGUGGAAAAAGCCUUGCAAGCAAUGAAAGCGGUAUGCACUAACAUUAAUGAAACCAAGAGGCAAAUGGAGAAACUGGAAGCUUUGGAACAUCUGCAGUCAUCAAUUGAAGGAUGGGAGGGUUCAAAUUUGACAGAUAUAUGCACUGAGCUGCUUCAGCAAGGACCUUUGUUAAAGAUCUCAGCUGGAAAUAUUCAGGAGCGAGUGUUCUUUUUGUUUGAUAACUUGCUGGUAUACUGCAAAAGAAAGUCGAGGGUUGCUAGUAAGAAGUCAACCAAGCGCACCAAAUCUAUAAAUGGUGCCCAAUACAUUUUCCGUGGAAGAAUCAACACCGAGGUAAUGGAAGUGGAGAACGUUGAAGAUGGAACAGCUGAUUACCAUAGCAAUGGCUAUACUGUGACAAAUGGUUGGAAGAUCCACAACACAGCUAAAAAUAAGUGGUUUGUCUUAAUGGCCAAAACUGCUGAAGAAAAACAGAAAUGGUUGGAUGCAAUUCUAAAGGAGCGAGAACAGAGGGAGAGUCUGAAGUUGGGCAUGGAGCGUGAUGCAUAUGUCAUGAUCUCUGAGAAAGGAGAGAAGCUCUAUCACAUGAUGAUGAGCAAGAAAGGAAACCUCAUAAAGGACCGGAGGAGAAAGCUGUCUGUUGUCCCCAAGUGUUUUUUUGGCAAUGAGUUUGUUUCCUGGCUGAUGGACAUAGGAGAGAUCAGUAAAGCUGAGGAAGGCGUGAAUCUGGGUCAAGCCUUGCUUGAGAAUGGCAUCAUUCAUCAUGUUUCCGACAAACACCAUUUCAAAAAUGAGAUGGUACUCUACAGGUUUCGGUAUGACGAUGGAACCUAUAAACCACGAAGUGAGAUGGAAGAUAUCAUGUCUAAGGGUGUAAGGUUGUACUGUCGAUUACAUUGCCUCUUCACUCCUGUGGUCAAAGACCGAGAUCAUCACCUGAAAACCUACAAGUCUGUGGUGCCAGCAAGCAAGUUGAUCGAUUGGCUGCUAAUGCAGGGCGACUGCCAGACCAGAGAGGAAGCGGUCACACUUGGCGUGGGACUGUGUAAUAAUGGCUUCAUGCAUCAUGUGCUAGAGAAAAGUGAAUUCAAGGAUGAGUCCCAAUUUUUUCGCCUUUAUGCUGAUGAAGAAAUGGAAGGAACCAGCUCCAAAAGCAAACAGUUGCGGAAUGACUUCAGAUUGGUUGAAAACAUUGUUGUUAAAUCCCUUUUGAUUUUCCCCGAAGAAGACAAUUAUGGAUUUGAAAUUGAAGAGAAAAAUAAGGUCAUUGUAGUGAAAUCUGUACAAAGUGGUUCUUCUGCUGAGGUGGCAGGCCUUCAGGUUGGGAGGAAGAUUUACUCUAUCAAUGAAGAUUUGGUUUUUCUUCGGCCAAUUUUGGAAGUGGAGACAAUUUUAAAUCAGUUGCACUGCAGUCGGAGACCACUGAGGAUGCUGAUUGCAACAAAACCCAAAGAAAUAAUCAAAGUUCCUGACUCUUUGGAAGGACUAAGCUUUCAGAUACGUGGAGCUGCCCCACCAUUUGUUCAUGCAGUUCUAAAAGGGUCUGGGGCUGCAGCAGCGGGACUUCUUCCCGGCCAGUGUGUUCUAAAAGUAAACGGGAACAAUGUUAGCAAAGAAAACUACACUGAAGUACUUGAACACUUCAGUGCAUACAGAAAUAAUCCACAGCAUUUGCUGAGUACACGUUCAAGUCAGUGGAUAUAUAGGACUGUUGAAGAUGUUGAUGAGAUGAUGAAAACAAAAGUCAACACAAAUAGUGUUUACAGUAUUUCCGAUCUGUCAAUGAAUGACAAAUUGUUAGAUGUUCCAGCCAAUCAAACAAAGCCAUGUGAUCAUAUCACUGAGAGCAAGCAGGAGACUGAUCUGCAGCCGAUCAUUGAUGGGGUGACCUCUCAUGUCAACAUGACUGUCGAUAAUGUGUGUUUAGAGCACGGUGUUAUCUAUGAGUAUGUCAGUACAGUUGGGAUAAAAUGUCACGUCAAGGAAAAAAUGGUGGAGCCUAAGGGAUGCUUCAAUUUAACUGCAAAGAUUUUGGAAGCUUUAGCAGCAGAUGACCGUCAGUUUGUAAAGAACUGCAGAGGACUGAUAUCGUCCAGAAAUUCUCUCAUCUUUAAGCCUCAAUUGGAAUUCAGCCAUCUAUGUGAGACCAAGCUUGAUACCAUUGGCCAGAGAAUUUCCAACUAUUUGAAGUUUGCCCAAGAGUUGAAAAAUAAAGCAUGGCCCUCCUUCAAGCAAACUUCAACCAGUUUACACCCAUUAAACAGCACUGACUUCUGUCCAAGCAACUGUCAUAUUAAUAUCAUUGAAGUAUCCUGUCCAAAAAAUACUACCUCUCUGGGAAGAUCUUUCAGUAUACGAUUUGGUCGAAAAAAUUCUUUCCUCGGCCUGGAACAAGAUCAAGGAAUUAUAAAUCCUAUGAACUACACUCGGCACAGCAUCACCACUUUGGCAGCACCCCAAUGGAAGUGUUUAAUAGUUGAGGAGGGAGAAGGCGACCAACAGCUGGAUCCAGAGGAGUUGGUAAAUCAGCAGAAUGGAGAAGUGGCUCAAGAAAGUGGAGGCCUGAGUUUUCUAUUAAAGCAGGAAGAUCUGGAGAUUCAAGACACUUUCUUCCAGCUUUUUAUUAAACUGGAGAAUUCUUUAAAAGAAAUGAAGCAAUAUGUAAUGCAAAUAAAGGUCCUGCUGUCCUCAAUAACUGAGCCUGCCCAGUCUGAGACUUCAGAGCACAGUUCAUCAGACCUCACACUUCCCCCAUCUGUUCUGAUGGAAGAAAAUGAUAUUGACAAAGCUGAACACUGUGGAACGAAGAGAGUCUGCUUUGUGGUGAAUGAGGAAGAGCAGGAUGACUCUGGACACGAUACAACAAGUUAUAGGGAUUCCUACAGUGAAUGUAACAGCAACCGAGACUCUGUUCUAUCCUAUACAAGUGAUCGCAGCAGGAGCUCCUAUCUGGGCAGUGACGAAAUGGGAUCAGGUGAUGAACUGCCUUGUGACAUGAGAAUUCCUCUCGACAAACAGGACAAAUUACAUGGCUGCCUCGAGCACCUUUUUAAUCAGGUGGAUUCCAUUGAUGCACUCCUCAAGGGGUCAGUUAUGAACAAGGCGUUUGAAGAGACAGAUGGCAUUAGUACAGAAUACAACGUACAAGAAUUUCGACAGAAAGUUGACCAAAACAUAAGAUGUCGAAGUAUAAUCCAAACAAAUGUUCAGGAAGACCCCUGGAAUUUGCCUUGUUCGAUCAAUGCCUUAGUGGACAAUGUACAGGAAUAUGUAGAAGAUGGAAAAAAUCAAUUGCUUUUAGCUCUCCUCCAUUGCACAGAUCUGGAGUUACAAUUACGCCGCGAUGUCCUCUUUUGUCAAAGCCUAGUAGCAGCCAUCUGUAGCUUUUCAGAGCAGUUGUUGGCUGCUUUGAACCACCGGUAUAAUAACAAUGGCGAAUAUGAAGAGGAGAGCAAGGAAGCCAGCAAAAAGUGGCUUGAGCAGAUAGCUGUUACUGGGGUCCUGCUCAAUUUUCAGUCUCUGCUCUCUCCAAGUGUGAAAGAUGAGCGCAUCAUGCUGGAAGACACCAAGGUCGCCUUGUCUGAUCUGGAUAAUGUAACAUUCUAUUUUAGACAGCUGGAACAUGAAUACCCAGUAGCAAACAACCCUAUCACUUACCAUAUAGAUGGAAGUCGCCAAGCGUUGAAAGUUAUCUUUUAUCUUGAAAAUCAUAACUUUAUGGAGUUGCCUUCGAAGUUUCAGAAUGGGGGAAGUUUAAAGCUAAACACCGUGCUCUUCACUCAAGCUCUUGAGAACAGAUGUUCUUCAGAAAAUGCAUCGGCAGAAGAAUUCCAACAACUGAUCAAUUCGGCUUCUCUUGAAAAAGUUAAAUGUUAUUAUCGAAAACUCAGGGCUUUCUAUCUAGAACGGUCUAAUUUACCUUCUGAUUCUUCGACUACAGCUGUAAAGAUAAACCAGCUGUUACGUCCUCUCAAUGCACUGGAAGAACUUCGGCGAUUGAUGGAGUUGUACAUAGGCCCAAAACAUUCAACAUCCACAGUGAACUCAAGCAAUAAUGCUUCCGGGAUUGCAGUCUUGCCGAUAUCUUCUGAGCUUUGCAACAGGCUUGGAGCUUGUCAGAUUGUUAUGUGCAGCACUGGUAUACAAAGGAGUACUUUAAGUGUGACCCUGGAGCAAGCAGUUAUUUUGGCUCGUAGUCAUGGACUCUUACCUAGAUGUAUCAUGCAGGCAACAGACAUUAUGAGAAAACAGGGUGCGAGGGUUGAGAAUUCAGCCAAAAAUUUGAAAGUAAUGGAUCAGAUGCCACAACUUGUACCAAGGUUAUACCGGCUCUGUCAACCACCUUCCGAUGGAGACAUAUGAAAGUAACUCCUCUUGUAAACACUUUCCAAGACUUCCCAGAGAGCUAGAGCUGUUAGACAUUGUACAAUUAUGUUGUGUCUGUUUUUUGUUACAGUAAAACUGUAAAGUGUCUAUGUAUGUACAGAAAGCUGCACAGAGACAGAGCUGUUGUUUUGCGAUAUUUCCAUUAAUAGCACAGUGAUAGUCAACUAUCCCAACCUGCAUCAAUAUUUGGAUGUAUUGUAAUAACUUAUGGAAGCGCUAUAAAAUUAAGAAUCUUUGUAUUUGCGUACCUCAUCAUGCAUAGAAUCUUUGGAUCUUGGUGACUGGCUUAUGCCAGUGUAGUGAGGGUUCAAGCACAUAUUUUUGACAGCAUUGGAAUUCUACUGAUUUACAUAUGCAUCUCAAGCUAAAGACUAUGCACCAACCGUUUUUAGAUACUAACGGCAUUGGACAUAAAUGACUGUAAGAGAAGUAAGGUGGUAUACAAUUAGGUUAUUAAGAUAGCAGAGAAUCUCCAGCUAUUUUUUUAUAUAAAGUACACAUUAUAUAAUAUACUCAUGAGACUAUCUAUGGUACUGUACAUGUAACUAUGUUGUGUAGCUACAGAGGCUGUCAUCAUUCUGCUUAACCAGAGCAUCUGAUAUAACGUACUAUAAUGAGUCAUUUUUAAAUGAACAAACAAUGUAAGGAUCCCCUUAAUUAUAGUGUACCCUUUGCUAUUAUGCUUUUUGUGUUGCUUCUAAGACAGCAUAAUUGAAUGUGGUCUACUGGAAUUGCCCGGAUUGUGUUUGUUCUGUUGAAUCAAUAAUUCAAUGUUCCACUUACUUACUAAAACCAGCUAUUAUCAACACAAGCUGAGUUCAAAUGAAAACUAACCUGUUGACAUUUUAGGAUAGCAUUACUUUAAAAUCUAAACCACCUCAAAUUUGUCAAAGCUCCCCGGCCUGUUUUGUAUGUUUUGCCUUAUUCUUGCAGGAUCCUGUUUCAAAGCCUACAAAUGAUGCCAGUAAAUGUGACUAUUUCUGAUGGCUCUAUUUUUGUCAUAACUAGCUUUAUUGUUAUGACUGGCAGUAUUUCAAUCUACUUUUUGUUUUAAUUGAGUAUCAAUAGGCGAAUGUCCAACAUUAAUUCAUUUGCGUUUUUCUUGAAAUUAUAACAACAGAUGACUGAACAUUCCCUACGGUUGCAGUCAUGAAAGUUUAUGUUUACAUCUAAUUUCAGUACUUAAUUCAAAAUUCUUCUGUCACAAUACCAAGUGACUCAAAAUCUAUUGACCUGGAUAAAUAAGGGACAAACUGGAGUCGAACAGACAUGUAACAAAGAAAAAGACAGAUUAUGGACCACAUUAUUUUAACUUCUGCACAUCUCAAAGUUUUCAGUUUGAAAUUGCUAAUAUCAUGGGUAGAAUUAUUUGAAGACUAUCUAAUCUGAGCUAAUUGUUGUUCUGUUUUAUGUCACAAAUAGCAAGAGAUUAUUUUGUGAGACUUAUGGUUUUAGAAUUAACUUUUUUUAAAAAUUCUGUUUAUUUGCACAAUAGAUAAGUGUUGAAGCAGUUGUCUCAGGGCAAAAGGUUAAUUGCUUAAAUUUCGAAGCCCAUUUCUAGUGCCUUAAAGCUAGAAUUAUAAGCUCCUGAAAUUCACCUGCUUUGCUAGGUUGAAAUUUUGUUCAGUAUUAACAUGGUAAAUAUUCUAUCGUCAUAACCUAUUUUCUUUUAAAUGUAAAAUGUCUUCUCAUAUAAUUGUUUCAAGAGUUAACUUGACCAUUUUACCGGCUGAGCAAAUGCUUUACUUAUUUGUACAUAUGAUUUAAAUUGUGAAUUAUAAUAACUUGGGUUAGAAUUGAGGCAGAUGAUAAAAGCAAAGUGAAAAAGAAAAACUGCAUUUGAUUUAAUUCCAAUUCAGACUCAUUUUCCUAACAUUUCAUGAUUUCUGAUCCGGUCAUUUCCUGUACUGUCUGUAGUCCAGAGAACUGAGCAUUGCAUCACUCAAUUAAUCAUCUUCUCCAUGUUCACUAAAGUAGUAUAUUUUGUAAUUUAAUUGAGAAAUAUGUGACUUAACCUUUGUGCAAUGCACACGAUACUUAGUUCAGUUGAGCCAAACACAUGAAAAGUCUUAAUUCCUUUCAUCAGCAGAAAGGCUUUGCUUCCUUUCAGUCCUAGAUUUAAACCGUCUUUGAUAUUCUCUGUGUUAUUUUGGUGCAAACUGAUAGUAAUUUAGUCCUAUACCCUACAGAAUUUUAAUGGAUAUACCGUGUGUACGCAUGUGAAUGUCAAAUUUGUUAGACUAAUUUUUAAGAUUAAAUUUAUGGGCUCGACUAUUACAUGGAUACUACUUUUGUGGGGCUGAAAUUCAUGCUACAGUCCAAAAUAUUGCAUCAUUAGCAGAAGCCCAAAUGAUCUCUAUUUGAAUAAAGAAAAAUAAAACAGUUACAGUAAUCUGACUGUAUUCCAUGAGUGCUACAGGGAACUGAGCUUAGCUGAGCUGCACAGAAAGGGAAGUUGUCACCUGACUCUGGCCUGAUGCAUCUUAAAUUUUCAUGCCAAUUUGGUGUGAAUUGUACAUCAAAACGUACAAUAAGCAUUAAAAAAAAUCCAUUUCCUCAUCGUAACAUUUAUGUACAGGAUAGUACCUUGACUCACAAAUAUUGGCCUGUUGUCUGUGAAGAACCAGGGUGAACUUUUAAACAAGAUAUUUGGAAAAUUCCAGACUUUUACUUGAGUAGAUACAGUAUUACCUUGAUACCUUAGUGUGACUGAAUUUAUGUGAUGAAUACCAUGAAAAUGCAGUAGUUUUCAAAAAUUCUUCUUUAAUCAUCCUCACCCAAUAUUCUUUUUCUCCUGAAGGUGCUAACUGGAUAUGAGCACAUAAGUUGUCACCCAAAUCUCAUUUCCUAAAAGUGUUCAUUUCUUAGGUGAGAUGUGGAUUUUUGGCAGAAGUUCUCAUAGUUGAGUCUGUCUUAAGCCAAGCUCCACACUGGCAAAUUUUCCACCAGAGGCCACUGGAUUGCAAUCAAGACACUUUUCUUUUCCCCUUGUUCGCCCAGCUUUUAUAGAUUCAGCCUAGGCAUUGUGUGGAACAUUUUCUUUGCACAAUGAAUAACUUGAUUAAGAAAUAAUAAGCAUUUUUAACUGGCUCCCAAAUCAUUUUUCCUACAUUACACAAUAUUGAUUCAUUGCAGCUUAAAAAUAAUUGUUUUCUUAACUCACCAUGUACCAGACUAAAAUUCCAAAUUAAAGGAAAAUUUGAAAUUGGACCAGACAAUAUUUAAAAUUUCAUCUUGAUCAAAGUGAAUAUUUUAGCAGCUUCAUGUGAUUUCAAGUGUGUCUGCUCAGCCUGUAUUUAAGUCAAGUAUUAAUAUGAUGAUUAAAUUCAGUAGAAAAUGAAUCCACUGAAUUUGGAUCUCAAUUAGUAAAUGUAUGUCAUAACUAAACUUGCUGUUAAUAAAAAACUUUACGUACAAUUACAUACUCAAUAUAAAAUGCUUAGUUCUGCACAGAGAGCGGUACAUAGUUAUUCUGACUUUUGUCUCAUCUCUGUUUACUGGUAUGAUGCAAUUACUUGUUUUAAACAUUCAGGAACAUUAACACAAUUAUGUUUCUAGAUUCUAUGUUUCAAGUCCUAGAUUGCACCUCUUCUUUGGGAGAUAUCAAUUCACAGAUCUGUAAAACUAAGACAAUCAAUUCUCUUGAUUUUAGAUGAAGGGACCAAGCCCUUGUAACAGUUUCUGUCAUGACCAGUGCAAUACUUUCUUUAUCAAAAGGUCUGCAAGGAAGAGGUGCACUUCCAUCCAGUGACUUAAUAAAAUUUGACAAAGCCAUUUUUGUGUAUAAUGCUAAUAACCAUUGUUUUGCUAAUGUUGUAAAUACAUCAGGUUCAUGAUGUAGUUUUUGUUCUGUAAUUCUACAGUUGUACAGUGAGUGUUUAAUUUUAAAUGCUAUUUUAUUGAAGUAGUUAGAUUGUCAGUUUUAACCUGUUAGCAAAUAAAUUUUUAUUUACAUUUAAGGGUGUAUGUGCCUUUAAUCCUGUUUUCAUUUCAUAAUUAAACUGCAUAAUAUUUAAAGAAAUAAUUUACUUUCCCAAAAUAUCUAUAGCAGUGGAUGAUCAAUCACAGCAUGCUUUCUUAUUGAAAUGUCCAAUACAUUAAUCAUUCCUCAAGAUUCAAGUUGACUUCCUGAAAUUAUGUAUCUUUUUUGUAACAAAGAUUUUAAGUCAUUUUCUGUUUAUAUCUUUGAUCUGUUGCACGAGUUUCUGUCAAUGACAGAACUGAAAUGUAUUUGCAGAGUGGACUUUAAUAGCACUUUUAAAUAAGCAUGUUGCAGAAAAUCACUGCAAAAAUGUAAGUUAGUGCUGUGUAGAGGAUGGAACUUGCUGGGAUUAGCUGCAUGCUCCUUUCAAGUGUGCUAACUGAUGUAAUGACUUCUUUAUUCAAAACAUGGCCACUGAACCCUGAAUUGUUACUGAUUCUCAUCUUAAAAUCAUCAAUGUCACAAGCAAAGGAACUGGAAUAAUUGAUCAUUCGUGAAGUGAAAAAGAGAUUUAGAUUAUAUGACUAAAUUGAUAAAGUGAAAACAGUGGUUGAAUAGUAUCUUUUACUGUUUGCAACCUUCCCUAUUUAAUUCUACAUCUUUCUGUUAAUAUUACUGAAGUCAAAGGAAUUAGAGACAUUUAAUGUCAUUAUGAAAAUAAGAAUUGUAGACCAUUUGCAAUGUAAC